AUGCUUUGGAAGGACCUUCUCCAGACAAUAAUUUUCUCUUCUCUCAAUGUACCUGGAAUUGUGGGGAACAUCCUAGUAUUGGUGAGACACGUGUGUACUUUUGUUACAAGAGCUGAGAAAAAGCCCAUAGACCUUAUCCUCGUUCACCUGUCAUUUUCAAAUGUGAUCAUUAUUUGUAGCUUAAGUAUCAGAAAUAAAGACACAGUGUUUUAUUUCAGAAACUUCGUAAGUGAUGCUGGUUGUAAAACUGCAGUCUACCUGUCAAGAAUGGCCCGGGGCCUUUCCAUCUGCACCACCUGUCUCCUCUGCAUGGUCCAGGCUGUCACCAUCAAUCCCAGGACCACCCUGUGGAGAAAGCUCAAACCACAGACUGCAUGGCAAGUUCUUCCCCAUCUCCUCCUCUUCUGGGUCUUUAAUUCUCUCAUAAGCUCCAACUUGCUCCACUACAUCACAGCAGGCAGCAAUGUGAACACGUCUGGAGUUGGAAUUCCAAUUGGGGAUUGCUACAUGCUGCCCUCCAGGCACGCAGUUAAGUGGCUUUUCCUCUCCCUCAUGGCUCUGCGUGAUGCCAUCUUUCAGACUCUCAUGGGCUGGAGCAGUGCCUCCAUGGCUCUCCACCUGUAUAAACAUCACAAGCGUGUCCUCUACCUUCACAGCUCCCGGUUUGCGAACAAGUCCAGCCCAGAAAUCAGAGCUGCACAGAGCACUCUCAUUCUCAUGGCCUGCUUCCUCUGCUUUUAUUGGGCAGAUUUCAUUUUCUCCUUCUACAUGGGUUCCAUGUUGACACACAAUUUCAUUAUGCGAAAUAUUAGAGCACUUCUAGAUGUUGGCUACGCUAGUCUCAGCCCCUUCAUCCUGAUCAGCAGAGAUGUCUAUGCUGCUAAUUCCUUGCGUGCUCACUGA